CACUAGUCCACUGUAACAACGGUAAGCUAAACAAAGGGCAUGCAAGCGGGGUGGGCAGUGAAGGCUAAAAUAAGAGGAACAGUUGAACAAAUAUCAAACACCUCCUUCGCCUUGCGACUUAGACUUUCAUCAUCAGCUUCCUCUGCUUUGUUUCCUCACUUCCAUUUCCAUACUUACAAUGUUCUUAUCCCAAAAACUAGCCCCCUAUUACAUUCUUCUUAUUUUUCCACGGCUUUGCAACUGUUCGAUGAAAUGUCACAGAGAGAUCACCAUGCACAUGAUAACCGAUUUUACCAUGCUCUUCAUCUCGUCAAAUCCUGCACCGUAAGACCCAACAUUGUAAAUGCCAGUAUUGGCCAUUGCAUUGCUCUCAAGAUAGGUGGUCUAGCUCACUUGCCCACUUCCACAUCUCUUCUCACUGUGUACUCUAGAGCUAGACAUUUUGGUUCUUCAUUCGCCUUGUUUGAUGAAAUUCAUAAUAGAGAUGUGAUCAUUUGGAAUGCUAUGAUUACUGCAUCUGUUGAAAAUGGAUACUUUAGUGCGGCAAUGAAACUUUUUGUGGCGAUGACUGAAGAAGGAACUGGGUUUGAUUCAACGACUCUUUUGGUGGUCGUGUCGGCUUCAUCUCAUGCAAAUCACUUGAAACAAGGAAAAGUAAUACAUGGGUUGAGUUUGAAAUCUGGGUUGCUUUUUGAUUCUAUUCUAUGCAAUGCUCUCUUGGACAUGUACUCAAAAUGCGGGGAUUUGAGCUCUUCGGAGCUUAUGUUUGCAGGGAUGGAAUGGAGAGACAUUGUUUCGUGGAAUUCAAUGAUCAGUGGAUGUGUCUAUAACAGUUACCCCGAGAAGUCCUUAAGGUACUUCAAAGAGAUGGCUUUUUUUGGAGAACAAGCGGAUAAUGUAACUCUGUCUAGUGUUAUUUCAGCAUCUACUAGUCUGGGAGAGCUGAUUUUUGGUGAAGUCAUUCACGGUUGCGGUAUUAAACUGGGUUAUGAGGACAGCUCUCACAUUUCGGUUUCCAACUCUCUCAUUUCUUUGUAUUCACAAUGUGGAGACACUAAGGCUGCAGAAAGCAUAUUCAAAGAAAUGAAACACAAGGAUGCUGUUUCAUGGAAUGCAAUGAUUGAAGGAUUUUCCUCGAGUGGAAAGAUUUCUGAAGCAUUUGAUCUACUGCAUGAAAUGCAAAUAACAUGGUCUGUUCAACCUGAUAAAGUGACCAUAGUUACCAUAAUUCCAUCAUGUGCAGAAAAUAUGUUGUUGAGAGAAGGAAGAGCCAUUCAUGGAUUCACCAUUCGCAGGCAAAUGGAAUCAGAUUUAUCAGUAAAAAACUGCCUCAUGGACAUGUAUUCAAAAUGCUAUAGACUAACAAAGGCUGAACUCUUGUUCAAUACUAUGCUAGAUAGAGACCUGGUGUCAUGGAAUAUAAUGAUAUCUGGAUAUUCUCAGAAUGGGCAUUCUGAAGAAGCUCAAAAUUUAUUUAGGGAACUACUCCAUUUAUACUCAAAAUGCAACUUGUCAACGCUUUUAGCUAUACUUCCUUCCUGUGAUUCCCAUGAGUCUCUCCAGUUUGGUAAAUCCAUUCACUCUUGGCAGUUGAAAUUGGGACUUUCAAAUGAAAUUCUUGCAGUUAAUUCCCUCAUGUACAUGUAUAUUAAUUGUGGAGACUUGAAAGCUGCUUUCUCAUUGCUGCAGAGAAUUGAUGUUGUGGCGGAUAUUACUAGUUGGAACACGGUAAUUGCAGGCUGCUCACAGAAAGGCCAUUUUCAUGAGGCUAUAAACACUUUCAAUUUAAUGAGGCAGGAACCCAAUAUCAGCCAUGAUUCUGUUACUCUUGUUAAUGCCAUAUCAGCUUGUGGGAAUCUAGAGUUAGUUUCCGAAGGAAAAUCUCUUCAUGGGCUUGCUUUUAAAACUUUAAUGGGAUCAGAUACCCGUGUGCAGAAUGCAUUGAUUAGUAUGUAUGGCAGAUGUGGGGAUACUGAGAGUGCAAGAUCAGUAUUUGAUUCCUGUUCAAAUCGCAAUUUAUGUUCAUGGAAUUGCAUGAUCUCUGUUUUUUCUCAGAAUAAGGAUGCUAGAAAAGCACUAGAACUAUUUCGUUGUCUUCAAUAUGGACCUAACGAGAUCACCUUUAAUGGCAUCCUCUCGGCUUGUACUCAACUUGGACUUCUAAGAUAUGGAAGGGAGAUUCAUGGUCAUGUAUUUCGGCUUGGAUUUCAGGAAAAUCCUUUUAUAUCUGCAGCUCUUCUGGAUAUGUAUAGCAAUUGUGGAAGAUUGGACAUUGCUAUCCAAAUAUUUAGAAAUACACAGGAAAAGUCUGUAGCAGCUUGGAAUUCUAUGAUUUCUGCAUAUGGGUAUCAUGGCAAUGGUAAGAAAGCAAUUGAACUAUUCCAUGAAAUGUACAAGGCUGGAACUAUGGCAACUAAAAGUACAUUUAUAAGCCUUUUAUCGGCUUGCAGUCACUCUGGGCUUGUCAAUGAAGGUAUCUGGUAUUAUGAUCAUAUGUUUAAGGAAUAUGGAGUGGAGCCUGUCACUGAGCAUCACGUCUGCAUGGUUGAUAUGCUGGGUCGAUGUGGUAAGCUCAAUGAGGCUUAUGAAUUUAUCAAGCAAAUGCAGAGCCAACCUGAACCAGGUGUUUGGGGGGCACUGCUUAGUGCUUGCAACUAUCAUGGAGACCUUGAGAUGGGAAGAAAAGUGGCAAAACUUCUUUUUGAAUUGGAACCUGACAAUGCUGCAUAUUACAUUUCACUGUCCAAUAUGUACGUUUUUUCUGGAAGAUGGAAAGAAGCUGUGGAGUUAAGAAAAACAAUUCAGGAUCAAAGGUUGACAAAGCCAGCAGGUUACAGCCUAAUUGAUGUUGGUUUCGGGUGAGUGAGAGUUCAUCAAUGUGUUGAGUUUGGCAACAUAGUGUCUUUUCUUUUUUUUUCUUUUUUUCUUUUUUGUAAAUGAAGAAAAUAUCAUGGAUGAAUUAUCUAAUGUAAUUAUAUUCUUUGAUUAUUUCUAUCCACCAAUCUCACUGCGUCAAAUUCAAUAAGA